AUGAACAAAAAAAACCAGCAGGUAAGAACACAAUUAAAAGUUAGAGAGUUUUCAGUACUUCAGAUCUAAUAAUUCAAAUAUUUUAAAUGCCUGGGUGACUUUUUUUUUUUUAAAAAAAAGAAUAAGUCCCUAAAAAAUAGCAAAGUUGGUGUCAGGCAUACCUCCUUGAGGAGGGCAAUUGAUAGAUGGAGCUUAAAAGCCCUCUUAUUGUAACAAACCUCACUUCUGAUCCAGUUGGUAUUUGGAGAAAGUCAUUGCCUUUACUGUGUAGGCAGGUUGAUAUGGGAGGAAAGGCUUAGAUCCCCCAAAAACUGAGGGGUUUAAGGUGCUGGCACCUUAAAUUCAGCUUGAACAUGAAUAGUCAGCCAACUGAGUUCUUUUAAGACUGGCAUUAUAUGACCUGGACAAGUAAUGUCAGUCAGAACUCCAGAUACUGCAUUCUGCACCAUAUGACACAUUUGAAUGGAUUUCAGGGGCAGUCUUUCCCCUCAAAAAUUACAUUUCUAACUGUAUUUUUCUCACAAAAUGCAGUCCUGAAUGCACACAAGGUCUGUCAUCAGAAUCUGCUACGCUUCCAUAAGUCAGUAAACCUGCAUUUGUUGCCUGAAACUUCCUCUUGUUUCCAGCAGAAAGAUACUGGCUCUGCCAUUUUCUCAAACUAAGGAGGAUCCCUGCUGGAAUUUCCUCAGCCUCUCCACAUAUUUCAGCCUUCACUGUUUUUGUUUUAACAGAAGGUUGAACAGAGGUACUUGAUCAAUACAUUUCCCCUCAUUUUCUAGGUUUUGCCUCUCCAUAGGCCUUGCAGAGUCCUUGUGGAUUUAUGGAAGUACAUGUUUCACAUCAACAUUGCUCUGUGUCUUCAUCUCUCCACUGGCCUGCAGAGGCACUCUUAAAUGCUACAAGAAUCCAUGAAGUAAUUUUGAAGAGCACUCUCUAAGUGUCCUACAGUGCUUAAAGAAAAAGCACUGUCAAGCUGUAGCCCUUUAUGGACCUGCCUUCUCCUUCUAUUCACUCACUCAUUCUUUAAGCCACUAGCAUAAAUGAACAGGCUAUGACCUUCAUAAAAGUUGUGACAGUGGAACUGGAUAGAUAAAUGCUGUCGUGCAUUUUGUACAACCGCGUGAGGUGCUUAGCAUGUGAAAAAGUCAAAUCCUGUGAAAGGUUAAGGGGGGGCACUCAGAUGUCCUUUUUAUUGGGCAUUAAUGAUUAUUUGUGCUCAUAUUGGGGCAGUUAUAUAUGAUUCCACUUUCAGUACUGUUUAUGCCUGCUAACAUUUCAGGGUGGUCGUACUGCUUCAUUUCCAAAAUGUUCUGCUGAAACCCUGUAAUUUUUUAUACCACGUACGUUCCGGUUUAUUUGUAGUAUUUUGUUGCACAGGAUUGCCCCUUAGGAAAGUAAUAAUAGGGUGACAUUGAAGAAGCAUCACAGAGCAAUUUAUAAAUUAAUGUGUGGCGCAGUGAAUAAGGUUUCUGGAAUUCGAUGGACCAAGGUUUAAAUCCUUUUUCUCACCUAAAACCUAGCAUAAUGUGAUUGGAUUUAUUAUUUUUCUAUGCCGCUUUUAAUUCAAAUGACUCCCAAAGUGGCUUACAAACAAUAAAUAACAAUAACAUCCCCACCCCACCCCACCUGAAAUGGAAAUGGAACUAGAUGUGAUGGUUGCAAAUACAUGAAUGGUAAAAUAAUAAUUUCAUUGAAAUGCACAAUAGGAUUGAGUCAUAACAUCUGAUGUAGAGUGGUUCUUUUCUGUAACAAUCCCGACAAUCGUUUUAUCUAUAUACACUUUUUUUUUUUGGUAUUUUGUACAUAAGUAUGUUAUUAUCAAGAUUAAGUACAGGACUACAAUUACCUUUCUAUUCAUCUCUUUCUAGUUCUUUUAUAUUGUUUAUUGCUCCCUGCUAAGUUCCUUAUAGGUUGAUGUAUUGUUCAUACGAGUGCAAAAUAGCAUAUGCUUAAUUUCAAUAGUGACUGCAAGUUGAAGUGAAGCACGUAGUAUAAUGAUUAUUGCAGAUAUUAAUAUUGUGAAGCAUGAAGUGAGUGGAUGCAUAAUAAAUGACUCUUUUUGGAAAUAAACCUUGUCAAGACCCAUAAAAAUAUUGUUCAAAGUUUUACUUGAAGAACUCUUCAAAACAGAACAAAAUAAUCAAAGAUACAGCCAAAUUAUCCAUAAGACAUAUGCUUGACCAAGCAUAAUCAGUUCAGCAUCUAACAAAAUAUGAAAAAAUCCAAACAGACCUAUAAGCAAAGUGCUCUCUCUCUCUCUCCAUUUCACCUGGAGCUGUUUUCAUUGAGAGCUUCAUUUACAUCUUUUAUUUACAUCUUCACUCCACAGUGUUUUGAGACAAAAGACCAUCCAAAAUGGCUAUUUGCAACUCAGUACCUUUGUCACCUGAACUAAGGUUGCAACACUCACACGUUAGCUAGCAGAAAACAACAAUUUGUUAAUUAUCAACUCUAAAGAUUGAACGUUAAACCUUCAUUAACACAGAGGCAUUUUCCAUUUCUGUGUCAAUUAAACCAAUUAUACUUAACAUGUCUUUUGUUGAUCAAUUCUAUUUUUCCAUGUGAAGAAUCACCCUUUAAAACUGCUCCCAGACGAUGACAAUUCUUCAAAUGGCAACAAGCCUGUGGCAUCCACUCCUGUGCCAGGAUCUCCAUGGUAAGCAUAUCUACUCCAGAUAGUUUCACUCAUCCUAUCAGCACUAUUGCCACCCAAAUGGAGGGUCUGUUUUGCCAUGGCCAAUGAAACAGAGGAGAAACAAAUAUCUUGGACAUAAUGGCAUGUUUCACAAUUUCCCUUCCAAAACUAUCACUGUGACUUUUUGCUACUGGUCUCAUAACUGUGCAAAAAAAUGUAAUCAAUACAUUUUUGUAUUUAAACCUGCUCUAUUCCUAAAAUUCAGAAUGGAUGCCUAGUUAAAAGUCCACAUUAAGUACUGGAAAAAAUAAGAUUUAAUAUAUAUACCAAAAUCUCAAAAUUAUGGUACACGUACCUAGAAGUAUGUCUUCUUGAACUCGGUGACACUUACUUCCAGGAAAACAUGCACAGGAUUGUGCUGUCAGUUACACAGCAGCCCAGAUAAAAUGUCUAGGGACACCUGGGAUCUGUUCUGCUUCUUGAGAAAUGAUAUUUCCGGGUUGUACAGUAUCUAAUACUGCAACAGAACUUCCCCAUCCUCUUUCAUUCAUUGUAUCAGGUUCUGAGGAUGCUUAGGAGCUGCAGGGGAGUAGGCGAAGUUCCAUUGUACAAGAGGAAGUCUGUUGCAUGAGCAGAAUGGCAGGAUGCAACCCUAUCUUGGUGUUAAGACAAAAACACUUCCAUUUGUGCAUCAUGCUGAUUCCCAUUUUUAGCUGUUGUUAUCAUGACAACUUCCAUGCUUCCAUAAAGUUACAUGCCACUCCAAUCUCCAAGCGGUAUGAAAUUCCAGGGGUACCAGGCGUGCUAACCAGAGUCUGUGUUCCCAUUUGGACAGUUAGGCACAACAGAGUCUGUGAUGCCUUUAUGAUAUAUGGUUUAUUUGCACAUAUAUACUACCUGAAUCCAGUGGAGGGAUCUCCAGCAUUAUAUUCCAAGAGAUUCUGACCUCUCCCACAGCCACAACAUUGGAUUCAAAACAGGCACCAGCAUCCUGCUUUUUUGACUCUCCAGCCCACUGCUUAGUAACUGUUUCUUAACUCCUCCCUGUCACUCUAAACUCUCAACUUUUAUCGCCUAAAGAAGCGAAGAAGCCUAUUCAAUUUGUGCAUUUCACGCCUAGCCCCUUGGAUGAUCUGAACUUCCCAAUUGUUUAUCCCAUGCUCCCUACCAGGCUAUCAUCUCAAGGAAGUUUGCCUCACUCAAUUAGUGGCUGACUCAUGUUAAUUUCCUAGGAUUAAGGAGGGGUCAUGUCUUAAAAUGUCUGCCUGAUUUAAUUAGCUUUCACAUAUGCUAAUAACAGAGGCUUAUCUGUGGGUCCACAACAACUCUUACUACACCCUUGUUUCCCCUCUUAAUCACACAUUAAUCUGGCUAUUUCCCGGUUCUAACAUCCCAACCUUAAUUCAGAACUCUGAUUCAUAACAAUACUGUAAAAAAAAUCCAUAAUAUCACAAAGGAAUAACAUUAAUCAUGGCAGAAUACCCAAUAGAACCAUAGAGACUCAAUUUGAUGAUGAUAAUAAUAAUAAGAAUAAUAACCUGACACUUAACAUCAAGCUGAUUCCACCUGAUAAUCUAUCACAGAAUCACACUGAAACAUGGAGCGAUCCUUUAAGGAGCAUUUUAUUAAUUCAUGCCUAUUUAGAUAGAAAAUCAAAAUAUUUAUGAAAUAUUACUACACCCAGUAAAAACCUGGAAUUGAUCCCCAACCCUCUCCACUCGUAGGUUGGCUCCAUGCUUCUGUGGUUGAUGUGACAUUACCAGGCAUAGGCUGGGAUGUCAUUCGGAAACAAGAGCAGGAAUUUUGAGAGGGACUCCAGGUUGUAUAGCUUAAAGCAGAUUAAAAGGUGAGUUUCUGAUUGCUUCUGUGCAGCCUGCCCCACCCAUAUUUGCUCCCUUUAGCAGUGCAGCUAACACAGUUGCAAAGCUAAGCAGGGUUCGGUUUGGUUCCAAAUUGGAUGGGGGACCAUGUUUUGAGAUUUCUUCAUUUCAGGGGAUUGGACUAGAUGAUACUUAGGGUCACUUCCAUCUCUACAAUUCUAUGAUUUAUGGCAUACUGCAAGGCCAUGGAAUAGUCAUAGCAACUAAUGCAUCAUAUUCACAAUUCACAUACAGGCAAAAUACCUUAAGGAAAAUGAUGUUUUCCGUCUUCUAGGUACAUUAAAAGAACAUAAAUAGGUCAUUGCAUUUGCUUAGAGGAAUGUGUGUGCCAUUAUGAAGAUAUUUAGAGUGGAUGUAUGAAUUAGGUUAAUAAGCAACAUAUUUCCUUUUUCCUUGUUCUCAGUGGUUCAAAAUAUGGAUCUCUGCGUCCUACAUGGUAGUUUUAAACCUCAUAAUACACCUCAGUUCCUUUUUAUUAAUCCACAGUGUAUUGAAAUCCUGUUUAGUAGAGUCAAACUGUUUAUAGCUUGAUGUCAUAAUUUAUUUCCCUAUAUACCAGGUUUCCUAUAUACCAGAAUUUUUGGUCCUCCACAUGUUGCUGAACUACAACUCCCAUAAUCCUUGCUCAUUAGCCACGUUCUAUCUAUCUAUCUAUCAUCUAUCUAUCUAUCUUAAUUGCUAUAUCUAUGUAUAUCUCCCUACUGAGGCUCAUGCUUCAUGCAUUUGAUGAAGUGGACUCUAGUUCACAAAAUUUUAUACCACAAUAAAGGUGUUACAGCUUUUCCCUAUACACAUUUAAGUGGAAGUCCCGCAGCAGUUAAUGGGAUGUAAUCCUAAGUAAGUCCUAAUAAGAUCACACCCUUGGUUCUUAAAAUGCCACUAGGGUCUUCUUUGUGUUUACAGUGAAUUGGUUGGCUAAUGGUUAUGUACGUUGCUCCUGAAAUAGAUGGCCUUGGAAGGAAGUAGUCUUCCCUGUGUAAGGGAUUUUUAAUUAGAGGCUGGGUGGCCACCUUUCAGGAGUUCCGGCAUCAGCAGGGGUCUGUACUAGACAAGAACAGAAUAAGAUCAAUCCAGUUUUGCAGUGGCCAACCAGAUGCUUAUGGGAAGCCUGCAAGCAGGAUAUUGGUACAGUCGCACUGCUUGUGUUCCCCAGACGCCAAGCGCAACAGUACUCUCAUUCCCUGUGAUUCACAACAACUGCAAUAUCAUUCCAAGUGUGACUGCUCUAUAAAUUUGUUGUGUUCGGCAUUAUAACAGUGACAAUUUUAUAUUUAAAUGCUUAAAAUUCCAACAUGGAAUUUGCCUUUCUUCUCCUCCUCCUCCUCCUCCUCCUCCACCUCCUUCUCCUCUGUAACACACUAGCUCAAAUUUUUAUCAAGCUAUCUAUCAUGAUCCCAAUAUUUCUUUCCUGGUCAGUCACUGCCACUUCAGUAUAUGUGGUUGGGAUGUUUUUUACCCCCUUGUACAUCACUUUAUAAUUGCCUACAUUGAACCUCAUUUGUCAUUUUAAUUCUGUUUUAUCCCAUUUGGAGAUAUUCUUUUGGAGCUCCUUGCAAUUUUUUUAAUACCCUGAAUAAUGGUCUCAUCAGCAAACUUGACCUCUUACUGCUCACUCCAAACUUCAUAUCAUUUAUAAACAAGUUUAAGAAUGCAAGUUCCAAAAGGAACCCCCCUCCUUUACUUAGAUCCUUUCAAUUGAGAGGCAAUUGUUUUGGUUCUUUCCAACUCUAUGAUUCAAUUAUUGCUGAUAUUUCUUGUUCCCUCCAGACAAUACUUAUUUUCCUCAGCAUUGAUGCCGUUUAACUAGCAUUUGAUUCAGUCACAAGCACUAUCAGGUGAUCCAGGUGUUCCUUCUUUCCUGGGCUUGCCAUAUUUCAAAAAGUUUGCAAAAAAUGCAAUUUUUCAAUUGACUUCCUUAAGAUCCAGGACAAAGUGCUGCCUUUCAGAAAUUCCCCCCAGAUGCCAAUUCCGCCUUUGAAUGUUUGGGAAAAUCUGGACAUAUGGCAGCUCUGUACUUUCCAGGGACAAUCCCUGUAGUUUUUGUUUGUGCCCCCUGAAGAUCACAGUCCUUUUUGGGGGGGAGGCUUGUUGGAAUGCCUUAUUUAAAAUAGAGCUUUAAAUUAUUUAGGGUUCAGCUGCUGCUCCAGGGUCUUUAUAGUUAAAGCUGCAACCCUACAUUGGUUAAGGAGUAAGACCCACUGAACACAGUGGAACUUCUAACUACACAUGCGUAGAAUAAUCAGCACAGUUGAUUAAUCACUGAGGAGGCAAUAGAUGUUCAUCUCUAGCAGAUAUGAACUUUUGAGUGUUGAUAACAUUGCAGAUUAAAACAAAACAAAACAAAACAAAAUCAGACAUAGGUUUACCUCAAAGACCACUUGGAGGACAUUUUGCUAUUGCAAAAUGAAUGAAGAAUGUGUGAUACAGAAGGCGAUAAUCCAAGUUAAACUCAGGCUAUAAACCAGGAGUUUUGUUUUUAAAAAGCUAAUCUUAACUAUCAAGGAAGGAGCCUUGUGGCAUCUUGAAGACUAUUAACUGUGGUGUCCAUUUUUGUGGACUAAACCCCACUUUCUCAGAUGAAGAUGAUUAAAAAAAAAACCCAGAAGUUUGUUACAUCAAAUAAUUAGUGCUUUUAGAACUAUUUUCUGAAGUUUAUACCUUUGCAGUGUGAUCCUAAACAUGUCAGUCCUACACCCACUGAACACAAUGGUACUUAAAUCUGAUUAAGUGUGCUUAGUAUUGUAGCCUUAGUUUUUUAUAUAAAAUUCUUCUAUCGCCACCUUUUUUAAUUAGUGUCCUGUGAGUGAAACAAAUUACCAUACUUUUGCAUUUGGAUAAUUGAAACCUUUAUUAUGCCAAAUAGGGACAAGCAGUGUGCGAUUCUGGGAGAUGAGACCGAUAAUGGUUAAAUUAAAUGUCAAAUUGGGUUAGAAGUGAGAAAGUGAAGGCAUUUCUAGAGGGAGCUGCCAUUUGGAUCCAUUUCUAAGCACCUCUCCAGAGGGGCUUGCUGGGUUUUUCAGUUAGAUGUGGAAAAGGACCGUUUCUAUUUUAGCUAUUACCUUGCUUUUAUUAAAUAAAUACCUCGACUUCAGCCAGCCCAGUGGUAAUGGUCCACACAAUGAAUGUGCGUUUUUGGUGGUAAUCAAUUCUCUUAUCAUCCAUGGCAGUGAAAACGCAGACCAGAGAAGUGGAAUUUAGAAACAGAGGAGAGAAUGAAUUGUGAAAUGAUCAAAAUUUCCAAGACAGGGAAAUGAUCAAGAAUUUUAUUGGCAAAAAGGCUUCAGAAGAUUUUACUCCUGUGCGUCUCUUAACAUCCCACUACUUAAAAGACUGAGGCUUUCCCUCUUUAGUUUAGAAUUAGCUCUCAGAACUCAAUGUGUUGGCUCCAAGGCAAACAUUGUAUAUGUAUAUUACAAUGGAUAUUACAUUGAGCUCACUGACAGUGAAUAGAUAAAUGCCUGCCGUCUUCUACUUUCAUGUGUAUUCCUCCAUUGCAAAAGCAAAAUAGUAAAGUAUAAUGUGCAAAAUGGUCACCCUUGAAGAUGGCUAAGUUUAAUAUCAUGCUUGAGAUGAGAUACUGCUGCUCUCCCUUUCCAAACAAUUAGUUCAUCGGCUUCCUAUUCAAGUAGCUCGCGAAAGUUUUAUUUCUUCUUUCCCAUACUGCAUAUGUGAUGUCACAUCGGGAGUAAGCCAGGUGCAGAGCCAAGUGCUGCGUGGCUUCAAUGGCCAGUGGCCUUCCUCUCUUGUGCUUGGCCUUCUUCCAUGGCAGAAGGAGGACGAGGAGGAGGAGCCAGCCAUUGAAACUGUGCUGUGCUCGGCUCUGUGCUCGGCUUCCUUUGCCCCCUAGACAUUGGGGAGGGGAGCGCCCCAUCCCAAAAGAUAUGGGGGGCAAAGCAGUUUGGGCCCCAUGAGUUGGCACCUCUAGCACAGUGUUGCCCCAGGGCAGGCGAAAAGAAAUGGCCAUGAGAUCAAUCAAUCAAUUGAUCUCACAAAGUCAAUAUAGAUAGAAAUACAAGAAUAAAUGUAAAUACCACAGUACAAACACAAUAAUAAAUCUUAAAACAAAGCUAGGAAGUCAUGCACGGGUGGAGGGAAGUCUUUGAGUCACAAGGGGGGAAAGCAUGGAAUAAUUAAGUAAAAACUAAAUGUGGAUUUAGAAUGUAAUAGAAAAUGUGAAUGUAUAAAUAUGAGAAAUAUGAAAUUCUAUGUCAAUAUUAUGUACAUGCAUUGAAACAUCAAUAAAUGGAUCAAAAAAAGAAAGAAAAGAAAAGAAAAGAAAUGGCCAUGAUGAAAAUGGGAAGUGGGACAUGAUGGCAGGGAGGGUAGGCCAGUAGUGGCACAUUCCCAUUGUGCCUCAGGUGGCAAAACAGGAUGGGCCACCCUUAGUGAGAAUCUUCUUGCCUCACCAUUCUGCAGGAGUUGGGGGGCCCUCUUCCCACUUUCUGUUUUAGUGGAUGCAGAUCAGGGGCAAAAUUUGGCUUGGCUUGGAAAUGAAUUAGACCGUUUCCUGAUUGUUUGGAACAUGGCUCAGCUUAUUUCCAAUGCCAUCCACAGGGGGCUUGCCCACCCUUAUCUCUAACUGCUUGGAAAUUGUAUCUUAUUUGCGACACUUAUCUACAGCUCUGAAUAUUUAUUAGCUUUUAUUUUAUGUAUUUAGUUCAUAUCCUUAUAUUCCUUCUAAGGGGCUGCUAGGGUAGUUCACCAUAAAAUACAAUGAACAAUACAAGCCAAGCAAUAAAAUCAGCAUAAUAAGUACAGUUGCAAGCCUUCCCACCCCUGCCGCAAAACAGAAAGCCCAGCUAUUUCUUGAAGUCAUAGAUCUGAUAGGCUGUGCCACUUCAUAGUUCUAGGGAUAGGUGAAUCAGUCUAUUUCAAGCACUUUUGCCUCUGUUCACCCAUAAGUUCAUUAGUACAAUCAUAUUAAGUCCUAUUUUAAAAUGCCUACUUCUCCCUGCAAAAUAUGCAUUUCUAAAUAUAUUUUCUCUUUAAAGCUUCAUUCUUACAUGCAUCUUGAUGUAGUCCCUGUGGAACACCCUCCCAUCAAAUGUCAAAGAAAUAAACAACUACCUGACUUUUAGAAAAGAUCUGAAGGCAGCCCUGUUUAGGGAAGAUUUUAAUAUUUGAUAAUAUUAAUAAUUAUUGUAUUUUACUAUUUUACUGGAAGCUGCCCAGAGUGGCUGGGGAAACCCAGCCAGAUGGGUGGGGUAUAAAUAAUAAAUUGUUGUUGUUGUUGUUUUUAAGUCAAGAAUUGCACCUGAACAUUCUGGAAGUGCAAAAGCCAGCAGAUGUGCACAUUAGUCCAUUUGCGAGGUGUGGAUCAGCUCAGUUCUUGUUGAAAUUUGCCAAUAUUUAGUUCCUCAAGCAUUCUUUUGAGUUUCUCCAGUUUUAGCCCUUUGCUUUGAGCUGAACUAAUGGCUUACUUUGAGAUGAUUUAGAAGAUCUGUGAUCAGGAUCCCCUGUGGUUAUUUGCUAAUUCAAAGCAGUUUGUGAGGCCUGCUCAUUUGUCUGAGGCUGCCAUUUUCCUUUGUCCAAAACUGAAGCAGCUAUUAGUCCCAUUGGUUGUGAAGAGACAGGCAGGAUGCUGUGCCAGCCCCACGCAAGGUUAAUAGCAGCUCUAUGGUUUCGAUUAGCUAUAGGGCAUGGGAGGAAAGGCUUACAAAUUCUUAACUGGUAUAUGAGAACAUCCAUAGAAAGCCAUAUGCAGAGGUCUCCGCCCCCGAUUGUUACUGACACUAAUAAUAUGAGUGUUUAUGCAUUCAUUGGUGGCACUGAAUAUUAUUCUUCAUAUAAUCCAGAUAUUUAUUUUACUGAGACAGUACGUUUAAUCUUAUGUUAAAUCAAUUAAGUACUGAUUUAUCCUCCUGUUCUCACAUCACAUGCUGGUUCCUUAAUGUGCAUGCUUCCAUGGCCACGAUAUUUAUAGUACUUUAGUUUCUGCUCCUUAAGCUUUCUAUCAACUUCAGUGUGAUCUACUAUGAGCUAAAAACCUGGUCAAUGAUGUGCUUACAGUUUCUGAGUUGAUUAACAGGGUUGGUAGUGGAAUUAAGAACCAUGCUUCCGAAACAUGCACAAAAACAAUCAUAAAAUUUCCAUUAAACAUUAUUACAAAAAUCACAGUAUAAAAUGUUUAUCCAAUUCAUAGUUCAACCAGAACAAUAAUUUUAAACUGAGUCUUCUCUUCUUUAAUCUGGAGAUGAAAAAAAUACUUUAUCACAGAUAACAUGUUUGAAAAUUGCCCAGUAAAUUUCUUUCCAAAGCCAUUAGGCCAUUAGCACCAAUAAUUUCAGUAACAUUUUGCUGUAAUUUCAUUACUCCUAAUUUAUUAUGUGAAAACUAAUUCCAUCUUCCUACUGCUUAAUCUUUAUUAAUCUUUCAUUUAUAUGCAAGCUUUCAUUCUGAAAUCUAGCUUCCUUCCUCCAUCCGACACCUACCAUACAGAUAAGAGCUUAAGGGGUUUUUUGUGCCCCUGUGGAAUAUUUAUGAUUGGUAAUAAAAUAACAUUUUGUGAAAGUUUAAUAUAUAUUUUUCCAAUGACACUUAUAUUCAUACUCUGAAGUUCAAAUUUUAGAAAUCUGCUUUAAUCCCAAAAUUGACUUUGUUAUCUAAAUUCUGCUGGCUUUCUAUUGGAUUUUAGAUUCAUUUCAGUUGUUAGUGAAAUGAAUCUAGUGAUGCCUACCCUUAUAAUCCCUUAUAAAUGUUUGUACAAUGUAUAUUUGGUUAUUGUUCAUUUCACCCCAUCUACCCCUGGCAUGGAUUGAUAAAUAUAGCUGGUAGAUUGAUUAUAUAUGGCAUACAUCAUGCAAAACAGCUGGAGACUCCUUUGUCCCACCAGCCUGCAUCAAUUUAGAAAUGAACCAUGGCCUUUAAAAAAAAAGUAUUUCUUUCUUUACCAUACUGUGUUUCAGUAGUAACCUAUUAUUAUGGCAAUUACAAUUACUAGUUGUGAAAAUGUGCUGAUAAUUGUGAGUGAUGAUUUCUUAACAUAUACCAGGGUCAUGAAACAAUGAAAUUUCUUCCAACAGCCCUGCUGGGGCUUUUGCAAAGUUUACAUCCUAUUAUUGCAUUACAUGCUUGUAUAAAAAUAUAUUAUUGGGUCUAUGGAUUUUUUUUAAGGUCCAAACUAUACAUGACAAAUCCAUGACAGAUCUUCUAAAAUGUAGUCAUGGUGGGCAGAUUGCCUAUUAGUUCAAUGGUGGCGGCAGCGGUGUUCAGCUUUUGCCACCCGUGUACCAUUACCAUGACCAAAUUUGUCCUCCCCAAGAUGCUCCCUUUCCCCUGCAGGAGCAAAUUGCAUUUAUCAUUCUUGGGAUAGCAGCAACUCUGGGGAGGUGGCAUUUAUUUGGAAAAUGGCCAAGGGGUAAGGGUUAAAUAGCCCUCACCAUGGCACUGAUGUGAACAAGUCAGCAGCCUCCAACAGCUGCACAUGAAUGUGGAACUAUGGAUGGAAUAUGCAUUCACUUAUGGAAAAUACCAAAGUCCUAUUCUGUUCAGCACCUUGCUGGCCUAAACUGUACAUACUGGCCCAACCCUUCCUUUCUGUCCAUAUUGCCCACCAACUGUGCUCCCCUCCACACACUGGAGGGAAAAGGUCUGAAGUGUGGAGCUAUUUUUUACACAUGAAAGCUCUGUGUGCAAUCAUUGUUCCAAAUUGCAAGGAGAAUCUACACAGCCUGGCCAGAUAAUGGGAAUUCAAAGCAGCAGGUGGGGUCACCAUGCAUUAGACCUACUUUCUUUAGAACCAUGGCUGGGAACGCCAGCAUAAGACUAGAAUUAGCACUGCAAGAAAUAUCUUUCUUCCCACACUGUAUUUGAGAUUCUCUAAGCCUAGUUUGUUGAUUGAAAUAGGUGUAUAGUCUGGACUGGAGAUGACCGAGUCUUCUUCUUCAACCCUACAAUGCAGUUGUCAGUAUGGGAGAAGCCUGUGGAUCUAAAGAAUCGUGGUGAUAUUAACAGAAUCAUUGAAGACCCACCUCAUAAACGCAAACUGGAAACUUCAGCAAGUAACUAAUGCUGUGAUUAUUUUCAUCUAUUUAAAUUUAAAAGAUGUCUAUUUAGAUCUGAGAUGAUGGCCAUGAAAUAUGCAAAGUUGAAUGUCAAAUGAUCGUAACUUGAAUGUUGAUCUUGUGUUAGUUCAGCAUCUGAUCUUUGAAUGAUCUCUUCAUCAGUUCUGAUUUACACUAAAAGGUCUAAUAUUCAAAUUGCUGGUUAUUACUGGAGUACCCCAAAUGGCUUGGGACCAGGUUAAAUGAAGAAUUGCCUCCUCCUACGUGGACCUUCUUAUCAGUUAUGAUAAUCUAUGGAGACCUUACUACCACCAAGAUAUGGGUGGUUGAAGGAAACUUGAGAUAGAGCCUCGUUGGUGGCAGUGCCCCACUUGUGCCCCACAAAUUUUGUAUCAAGAGAGGUUAGAAUGGCAUUCAUGAUUUCUAGCUAGGUAGUUAAGAGAGUUUUAUUCUUCUAAGCUUUUAAUGUAUUUUCAUUGUACCAGAUGUCACUCCUCUAUAUUAUAUAUAAUUCUGGAUUUUAAAAAUCAAAGUUUAUUUUAUUAAAAUAUUUAUUUCUGUAAACCCCUUUGUGGAGCAAAAGACAACAUAGAAAUGUUUCAAUAGAUAAAUUAUGUUAAGAUGGGCACCCACCUGUUGUGAUCAGGGAGCCAAGAAUUCUUUAUGUCAACCUAUUUUAAAAACCUGACCCUAAACAUGUUUAAAUGGAAGCAGACUUGGCGGCUUUCACUUCUGCCAAAAUGCAAUUAGACUUGCCUUCUUUUGUCUUCUAUGCAGUUAUAUUUCAUUUGUUCUUAUCAGAAAUGCCCCAGCGUAGCUUGUUUUAUCCAAAUGUUUUAUUGACUAUGUUGCCCAGGGGAGCUGUCCUGUAAUAAAUGAUUAUUUAACCCAGCUGUAGGAAACAAAUCUCAAAGAUCCAUCUCGCUGGAAUGAUGGAAGAUUUGGCAGAAAUGUAGGUACUUCCGUCCAAAACAUGGUAUUGUUAGUCAAUCUUCAGACACCGGAGACUUCUUAAAGACAUCCUUGGCACUAAGAAAGAAUUAUUGCUGCUGAGCUCAGAUAUAUUUUAAAUUGUAUGUGUUCUAUAUAUGUAUGUGUCUGUGUGUGUACUGAUGCAAUAUUUUUAAAGUCUAGUACUGGUGGGCAAAUCAGCAGUGCUCGCUCAUCUUUUGCUAGGAAGGAAACACCUUUGAGCAUACAUAUUUUCCUUGUUGCGCUUAUGCAACCAAGAUGCAACUUUCUUUUAGAGCUUAUUCCAGGAUGAUCAAGCAGCCUGCACAACUUGUCAGUCACCAAGUCAAACACAGCCCGUGUGUGAGCUGCAAGUCCCAGGCAGGCAGAAAAUCCUAUGGAUGCAUAGGAAGUUUCCUCAUAGUGAUCCAUCUGAACUGACUGGUAGCAGCACUUUGGGGUUUCAGACAGGGAUCUUGCCCAAAGUCCCCUGGGGAUCUUCUGGCUGCAAGGCAUGUACUCUGCUAUACCACCAUGAUUAUUUAUUAAAUUUUUAUACAGGCGGCAACCAUAUUAGGUGAGUCCAACUGACGUGCAAUCGUUGACGCGUGGGUCCUUUUGGACCCGGAAGAUACGAUAUGAUAUCUUUAUUGUCAUUGUCCCUUGCGGAACAAUGAAACUGAAAACUACAUAAAACUACAUAAAAACUACCACAAAACUACAUAAAACUACAUAAAGACUACAUAAAACUACUACAAAACUAGUAGUUCUGUAGGAGGCAGAACUGGGGCGGAACAGAGGUGGGGCGGGGUAGAAUGGGGCAAGGCAUGCUUAUACGUGUUCUGCCGGUGCAAGCGGGAGCCAGGAACGGAACUCCCAUGCGAAAUGGUUGCCGCCUGUACCAUCCUUCAUCCGUGGAGCUCAGGGCAGUUUACAAUAUAAGCACAGAAAUGCACAAUGUAGUAACAAACAACUACAAUGCUACCCCACAGUUUAAAAGGCCAUAGAUUGUUUAAUUAGCCAAAGACUACUAAUGGGACGUGGGUGGCGCUGUGGGUUAAACCACAGAGCCUAGGACUUGCCGAUCAGAAGGUCGGCGGUUGAGCUCCCGUUGCUCAGUCCCUGCUCCUGCCAACCUAGCAGUUUGAAAGCACAAAGUGCAAGUAGAUAAAUAGGUACGGCUCCGGCGGGAAGGUAAACGGCGUUUCCGUGCACUGCUCUGGUUCGCCAGAAGUGGCUUAGUCAUGCUGGCCACAUGACCCAGAAGCUGUACGCCGGCUCCCUCGGCCAAUAAAGCGAGAUGAGCGCCACAACCCCAGAGUCGGUCACGACUGGACCUAAUGGUCAGGGGUCCCCUUUACCUUUACCUUACUAAUGAGCUAAAGCUUUCCACAAAGACACUAUCUAUAGAUCAGAAGAAGAAAAGUCAUUUUAUAUUAAGUUCUUAUAUAUCUAUUUGCUAUUUUUAUUAUUUCUUAUGAUGAUUGAUAUGAAAUCACUCAUAUUAAUCCCACACGUAGAUGCUAUAACAAAUAGGGUCAUUUAUGUGCAGCUAUGCUGGCUUAAGUGAGGUGGCACCACAGUGACAUUAGAACAAUAUAUUUCAAUCCCCUUUUGAACAUUAAUUGAAAUCAUGAAAAUAUAUCCUUUCUGAAGGGUAUUUGAAACAGCAAUAACCAGGAUUGAUACUGUUUCUAGUAUGAAUAAUUUAUCGAAGAAAAGGUAUGAAAUAACCAAAAGUAACCUUAUUGUAGAUAUAUAGAAUACAGUGGUACCUCAGGUUACAUAUGCUUCAGGUUACAGACUCUGCUAACCCAGAAAUAGUGCUUCAGGUUAAGAACUUUGCUUCAGGAUGAGAACAGAAAUCAUGUGGCUGCAGCGCAGUGGCAGCAGGAGGCCCCAUUAGCUAAAGUGGUGCUUCAGGUUAAGAACAGUUUCAGGUUAAGAAUGGACCUCCGGAACGAAUUAAGUACUUAACCCGAGGUACCACUGUAUUUCAUGUAACCGCAGUGCUCGUGCAAAAUCUCUGAUCAUUUAUGUUUCAACAGUUGUUUUAAGGACAAAGUUCUUAAUUUAUUGUGUCUGAUGAUCACAUAAGAGGUGAACUCAAAUUGUUGCUUAUUACUAGCUAUGCUCAUAAGGAAAUUCAAUAUAGUAACUGAGUUACUAUAAAUGGACUUUCCCAUUUUCUUCAACAUCAUCAUAAAAAAUAUCCCCACUGCACCACCCUCAGAGAAUGCAAACUCCCCCCCCCAAAAAAAAACCACACCACACAUUCAAGAUAACCUUUAUGGAGUUGUUUGUUUGCACUGUAGCUAGGCUUACCGUGUCAGAAAACCAAACAUUCUGGCAACAGGUUGGGUGCAAAGCAUGUUAUACAGAAAGCCUUGGCAUGGAAUUGCCAAGGGGACCACAUUCUAGCAGGGAGGGCACUGACAGGAGCCCACGACCUGCUCCAGUGACAAUAGGGCUUGGAGUUAAGAUCUUGGGGCUUGGUGCUGGUCAUGGAUGGAAGCAAGAGAUGAAGAUCAACUGGGAAUUGAUGGUUCAGAGCAGAACCAGAUGGGUCCAGAACUGAAGGUGUAUGUAUAGCAAUAUAUAAAUAAAUAAGCAUAGUUGGUUGGGGAAAGAAAUGGCUCUGUCCUAUGUUCUUCUUGAAAUAAGGGGGGGGGAGAGAAUAUAACCAGGCCAUUUUCCCAUGCCAACUGCAGCUAGAGUUCUUAUUAGUAUAUUUCAUAACAAAGAUAAGGCUAGAAAAAUGGUCAGUGCACCCUUUAACUCACAAGAUAAACAGCCCAAAUAAACUACAUUUUAAGUGUCCCAUUGAACUGGAUUGUGGUGUUAUUACAACUUUAAUUAGACUGCCGCAGUGGACAAAAGUGAGACUAACCAUAGUUAUCAGAACAUUAUAGGUUAAUAGCAUCUCUUCCUGCAUGAAAUCAAAUGUUCUUGAAAUGAAUGCAUGAAUGAAAAUAAUUAAAAAGAUUGCACAUUUGUGUAACAAUUUAUGCUCACUGAUAUUCAUGAAGGUGUCAUAAGCUCAUUUCAUGGGUGUGCAUUAUGCUUUUCAAUGCAAUGCAUCUCGCAUUCUGUUCCUUCUAAAAAGAAGGGUUAAGGAUCAGAAAUGAAAUGCAAGACCUCUGCCUGAGAUCCUGAAGAACUGCUGCCAGUCAAAACAGACAAUAUUGGGGAAGGUGGGGGGGAAAAGUCCACUUUAGACUUGUCUUCCUGCUGCUUAUGUGCUACUCAUUCAUAGAAUUGUAGUGUUGGAUGGGGCCAUGUAAGCCAUCUAGUUCAACCCUCUGAUUCAGGAGAUUCAGAGCUAGAGAUCCCUAGGCCCUGCUAGAUCCUCUAAUUCCCCUCAAGAAUUCCCUAAUUCCCAAUAAUCCAAUCCAAUCCAUAUAACUUUAUUGUACUAGCCAUUAGCCAUGAAAAAUCUGAAUCAACAAUAAAUACAAGCAAAAGGGGUGUCACACCACAAAUGAUGGUCUUACAGUUCACUGCUAUAUUGUCCAGGGUCUUCUUUCUGAUCUUUUUGGCUGCCAAAACAAAAAGGUCGACUUUUGUGAGUCUUAAUUCCUGAUAAUAAGAUUACUCUUAAGUGGCAUCCAGUGGAAACACUCAACUUCCUGGUCUACCUGAUGGUUCACCUUCAUUGGCUAAGGAGUGGUGACCUCAUACUAGCAUAACCUUCUAUAAUUGACUGCUCAAAGUCUUGCCUUUGCUGGUCCAUCUCAGAUUUUGCUUGGUUCAUGUCUCUAGGGUUAGGCGGACACCCUUUCCCAAUCAUGAUGGAUUUUGAUUGUCCCUCCCCCGCCGCCACCCUUUAAGAGGCAGGCCUAGGAAGUGCCUUUAAUACUUUUUACUUAUUGGUUGAAUAGGGACAAUAGGAGUGGUCUCUCCAGAAUUGGGAAGCCUACUGACCAUGCAGCCACAGCCAUGGGGAACUUUGUGAAAUGGGCUUGAAGAAAAGCUCUUUUGAAUUCUGUGUAGUUUAUGCACUAGAUGUUUUCCAAACUGGACAUGGUCUGAAAGCAUAUGAGGCUACCACUUUGCUUAUGUUAAGCAGAACAUGUGCAUGUUCUGUGAAUUCCAUGAUGGGGGGAAAGAUGCAAGUGUAAGAAAGUAAGUUAACUGGCUAAGCAAUCUUGUCUUUUGUUGCAGGGUUUUCCUUGUAAAUUGUUGACUCUGUCUCCAUAAUAAGAAGCCACCUUUUUAAAGAAAUGCUGUGCCUAAUCAGGCACCAGUAUUUCACCCACGUUUUAGGAAAGAGGCUUCUUGAGAUUGCUUGCUUACAUGCUUUUCUGAAAAGGCUCCACUUUUUUUGGAACUCUCUGUCCAAGGCUGCCUAUAUAUCCCUGACAGAAUUAAAGAUAGACAGGUGGCAGCUGUUGAGAAAGAGCCUUUGCUAACAGAUUAAAAAGCUGAUUGGGCUUGGGCUGAGUGAUUUGUUCCUGGGAAUUUAACAGCAGAAACAAGUAGAAAUGGUAUAAUAAUGCCAUUGAUAGAAUACGGGGUAGGGAGGAAUCAGUGUGCUGAGGCAAUUAUCCUCAUGGUCAAAUUGACCUUUUACCUUAACACCACAUCUGAAGCAUUUUUACUUGGAUGUUGAAGUGCAAUUGAUGCCAAAUGUGCUGAACACUUGACCGCAUCUGCACUAUACAUUGAAAGCACUAUGAUAUCACUGUAAAAGCCAUAGUCUCCAUCAAAGCAUAUGUGCCAGUUCCUAGGGGCUGACACAGUUUCACCCCCAUAUUGUUUUUGAAGAGACCUGGCUCCCUCAAUGUUCAGAGGGUGUUCAGCAACACCCCCUGGCUCCUCAAGAUGAUGCAAACAUGACAUCAGGAUGUUGCAUGAUGUCACGUGCAUGACAUCAGGAUGGCACAUUGGCCCCCCUCAAUCAACUGGAGAAGAUGGCACCUCUCCCUCUAAGCAUCCUGGGAACUAUAGCUUUUUAAGGGUGCCAAGAGUUGUUAGGAGACCCUAUUCCAUUCACAGAGCUACAAUUCCCAGAAUUCCCUGGGAAGAGGGCUUGGUUGUUCAAUCAUUCAUGUAAUUGUAGCUCUGUGCAGGGAACAGGAGUCUCCUAACAUCUCUCAGCAGCCUUAGCAAACUAUAGGUGCCAAGAUUCUUUGUGGGAAGCCAUGACUGUUUACAGUUGUAGAAUACUGGUUUAAACGUAUAUUUCAGAUGGAGCUCCCAUUCACUCAUUGGGGCUCACACAGGAGAACUCCCCAGUGGAUUGUGCUCUGGAGAGACCUAGAAACUUAGGAAUUAAUGAAAUGGUUUUCCUCUUGUACAAAUUCUCAUUCAGCGUCCCUAGAACUCAACUGUUAAAACAGGAUCUGGGGUUAAAGUGGACUUGUAUCCUAACCUAAAGUUUCAGAUGCUUUUCGUUUCCCUUUGUCAUUCUUCUUUAUCAGUUUCACUUUUAUGUGAACUCAGUAGAAUCUAAUAGCUUGGUCUGGCACUAAGUCAGCUUCAGCAUUAAUAAACACAUUUAUGGCCAAUUUAACAAUACAGUCUUGCCCUAUCCUUUUCGGGAAUAGAGCUUGUGUUUGAUUUUGAAUAAAGUAUAGAGCUGACCCUUGUGUAUAUUUCUUGUAUUGUUGUUAGUCAUUGUGUUUUCCAGCUGUGUUUACUUCCAGAAAGUGGGUGGUUUUGGUGCCUUUUUUGAAACUGCUUGCUUUCCAUAUGUUCUUUAUCCAAGCUAUCUAUUCUCACACAAAGACAAAUAACUUUAAAGUCUAUCCCUGCGUCGAUUUUUCUAGUCAGCUCAGAGAGGCCUAUGGGGUGAUAAAAGGUUUUCGAGAUGUUCCAUCUCAGAUGCCUGCUAACUUGUGACAGCUUAACUCAAAUACGUCUUCCUAACAGGUUCUUCUGUGGCUUAAAAUCACUUAAAGAACUUGUGUCUUCUUUAAGAGAAAGAUAAUACUUUGUUUGCACUACUGAUUCCUAAUGGUUACAUAUCUACUCUUUUGAUAAGCAUCAAGUAUGGUAUUACAUAUUUUAUUAUAGGUUAGGUCUAUUUUUGUUUCAAGAAGGUUGAAAGUCCAUCAGCAGAAUGCUUAAACAAAUUUGUAGAAGAUAAGGCUAUCAAUGGUUACUUGUUAUGAUGGUUGCACAUAACCUCUGGUAUCAGAUGCUCUAAGCCUCUCAAUGCCAGUUGCUAAGGAUUGCAAGUGGGAGAAGGCUAUUGCGCUCAUGUCAUGAAUACGGGCUUCCCAUAGACACCUGGCUAGCCACUGUAAGAACAGAAUGCUGGCUUUUUGGUCGUGCAUUCAACCGGACUACCUAUACAGUAUGGGACAUGCUGGGUGGCUGUGGGAAGGGUAUGCAGCUGCUCCCUUAAACAUGCUGGCCCAGUUCAGAGAGGGAGAGGAGUAUCAUCAGAACUAGAACGAUCUCUGUUAGAAGGCUGCAGGAAUUAAUUUUACCUAGUUUUUCAGCUACUGGGAAAUUGCUGCUAAAAUAAUCCCAGGCAGAAUGUCUGCAGAUAACCUCAGUGAAGUGUGCACUCUUAAGGAGUGUCCAUGGUUCCACACCUGGGCCACAUUCCGUCUCUUGCAUGCAAGGACCUCCCUCAACAGAACAGGUUGCACGUUAUCUUAUGAUUGGUAUUGUGAGCACCAGCCAGUGAAGCUGUGCAGGUGGGGACCCUGUUGUUCUCCUGGCUUCACAAUAUUGUGGGUCGUUGGCAGUUGCCGAGAGGGACAGGUGGGAGUAAAGUCACGGGGCGCUCAGAGGUGUGGUGUGUCACAGCAGGAGCAUCAGAUUGAUGCUGCCUUUCACAGUGCCAAGUUGCCCACACUCCCCCCCCCCCACAAGUGAUCCAACCCAUAUGCUGUCUCACCAGUCCCUACUGGGUACUAAUAGUACCCAGUUUUACUAUGCAUUUAUGUGUGCCUUGUUAUACAGCAUUCAUAUCUGAUUCCUCACAAAUUACUAUGUUGUCAAGCAGAGUGGAUAUAACUGCAGUGCUACUCAUGCAUGUCAGAUUUUUGCCACACCCACAUGAAAAUGCCAGUCUGUAUUUCUUUUCUCAUUCAAUCAGGUUUUCCCCUUUCCAGGGAAAAUUCAAUAAAUAACCCCCCCCCCCCAAAUCAUUUUGCCAGUGUCCUGUUUGCAAUACCCAAAUGACCCAUUUGCGAUGUUACGGUUACAUCUGGAAACACCCUUGGUCUUCAGCCAUUGCAGUAUUAUAGCAAAUUGUCCUGGGGUAGUAAGACAUGUAAUUUUGUUCAGUUUGGUUUUAUGUGGGCAUGUGUGUUCCUUGAUUCAUUUCUUUAGCAGCCUGCUUUGAAAAAUUGAUAUACGAUGUGACCAAGACUCUGAACUAAAAUAGAACAAUUCACUUCCUAUUUUCUGACAGAACGGGUUGAACCUGUAAGAGUGAGUUUAGCAUAGUACAGAAUACAGCAUUAAGGACAAAAUGACUGAAAUAAAGUGUGAGCAUAGACCUUAAAGUCACAUUUCCUGACUCUGAUAUAAUAGAUCACAUGUGUAGCAGCUGGGGCUGAGGGUAAAAAACAAACAAACUUGGAGUUCUGCCAGUCAGCUGAAUAUUCCACCCAAACAGCUGAUUGCCAGUAUUUCAAUGUUUAAAGGAGACUUGUAUGUAUGCAUGGACUUGACUGCUAGAUCAGGUCAGGGAAUUAUUGCAGUCUAAGCAGGAAUAGUCAUAGGGAAGCCUGUUUUCUUGCCUAUAAAAGAGAUUACUAAGAGGUGAUAUGAUAGCAAUCUUCAAAUACUUGAAUGGCUGCCAUGUAGAUGAUGGUGCAAAUUCAUCAUUUAUUUAAAAGCAUUUCUGAAAUAUUUUGUAUUUAAAAAUCUCUAAGCGGUGUACAGAAAUGCAACAUGAAAAGAGGGAAGCACUACCAUAAAGAGAGAUGCAACCUAAAAACUAGUAUCAUAAAACCAGGUAAAAAUGGGAAUUUAGUAAAAACAGGGUCCAAUAUUAUAGCUCAGGAAAAACUUAGGCAAAAAGAUGUCUCCUCAAGAUGAGAGAAGUAACUGUUGGCUGAUGCUUCAUGUUUGACAGGGGGAAGGGCAUUCUAUAAUACAGGGGCAAUGUUGGAAAACGCUCAAUUUUGAGUCACCACCCUGUGGUAUUGUAUAGGGUGUGGUGCCACGAAUAAAAAUUCACCGUAAGUGUUCUAAACUCUAUUCAGGGACAGACAGUCUUUCAGCUAACCUGGUCCCAAGUUGCUCCAGGCUUUAGAGUAACAAGACCUUGAACAUGGCCUGAUAUUGAACCAGCACAGUUGGGAUAUGCGAUGCCUGGGUGUUUCACUCAACAACCUGACCAACAACCUUUUCUGCUGCUCCAGAGAGUUGAAAACAUUUGGGUUCAGAAUUGCAAGAAAUUGGACUUUAUGUUGAAACAAUGAAGAAGAACUUCCUGGUGGUACUAUCUGUUGGAUGGUAGAACUGUCUGCCUCUAAAGAUGGUAGGCUAUUAUUUGUUAGAGGUUUUUAAGAAGCAGCUGGAGUGUCCACCUUUUAGGGACAGCAUCACAAUGUAUUCCAUGUGUCCACAAAGGGUAGAUGACCUUUGAGGGCCCUUGCGCCUAUAGAUACCGUCCCUAGUUGGAUUGGAGAGAACACUUUUAAAGUCCUCUUACACACUUAAUUGUAAUAACUCCAUGACUCCCUCUCUCAUCAUAGACCAGCCUCAUAUUUGAUGGAGGGCAUACAGGAGUAUUUCAGCCUUCCCCUCAAUAAAAGUGUUGUGCUGCUUAUCAGAAAUCAUGUUGACUUUAGAAGAGACACUAGAAAUUGCAAGCCACACUGAACUGAGCUGGAGUUUGUCUCCAGUUCAUUUUUAUUCAGAGUGUGGUACUCUAUAUGCAGAAAAGAUAAAGUGCUUCAGAAUUGCAGAAAUAGAUAAUGGGAUCAUAAACAUCACACUUCUUCUGAAAAACAGCCACAUCCCACUGUAAUUUGUUAGACAAUAUCUAUGCCAAAACAGGAAUCGAUCAUUUCUUUGGGCUAUCCUCUAAAUUUGAGAGACAGUAAUGUCUGCAUGUUUUUGAUUGCAAUACAGUGUGUCAAGUUUAAUGACAGAGAAGUUUUAUAGUUCCCCUACAUUUGAGUAAGAAUAGCACCGAUACUUCUGGCAGAAAGUAGCUUCUAUCAAUUUUUUCAACUUGUCAGCAAUAAAAUGAACAUAUUUUUCUUUUUAUUUAUUAUCCAAAUGUGAAAUGACAACCUUUCAUUUUAAAAAAGUAGUAUUAAAUAAAAUGUGUGAAGAUCAAAACAAGAAAUUGCCAUAUGUUGUUGUUCUAAACUCAUUCUAAAUCUAUCAGGAACUCUAGUGUUCUAAGGUAACUCCAAACUGCCAGAUAAAUGGGCACAUCUUUAGAAACUGAAUAGACUUUAGGAAAAGCUAAAGCUAAACAAUUAUUAGCUGAUUAAUCUAAUGUAAAGUUUGUAAUUUGUCUAACUACUUUUUUUUUUUUUACUUUUAGCAGAUAAAAGUGAUGGCUCUUAUGCAGAAGAUUUAAAUGAUGAUCACAGUACUAAAACAAAGAGAAAUAAGUAAGUAAUAUUUUUUCUGACAUGAGAUCCAUGAAGUAACCUUUGCUGAAGAUGUCAAAAUGGACUUUGACUAUAUGAAGAAUUUCAAGUCCUUAUUUUAAAUUUAAAUUAUUUUAAUUAAAAUUAAACCCAACCAUAGCAGAAGUUUUUAUCUGCAUGGAUUAAGGGAGGAAUUCAACAAAGUUUUACUCAGAGUAGAGCUGUUGAAAUUAUUAGAGCUAACUUAGUCAUGUUUAUUAAUUUCAGUGGGCUUACUCUGCAAAGAACUUAAUUGAAAGCCAUCCUAAACUUUCCUCUGCAGCUUAGUUUGUAAACUGUGCCCACAGAAUAUCUGACUAGUAAAAUUUUUAAUGGGCUUUUGUAUUUUAUUUGUUUGCUUAUUAAAUUUUUAUGCCACCCUUCAUCCAAGGCAGUUUACAAUAUAAAAGCAAUUUGUUGAAACAGUAUCCUGGCCAAAUCAGGAAUAGAACUUGUUAUUUGGGGGUAAUACGUUUUUGAGAAAAAUAAUAGCUGUGUGAAUCAUACUACAUUUUGAUAUAGAGUGGUACCUUGGGUUACAUACGCUUCAAGUUACAGACUCUGCUAACCCAGAAAUAGUAACAUUUAUUUGUAUCCCGCCCUCCCUGGCCAAAGCCGAGCUCAGAGCGGCUAACAUCAUAUAAAUAAGACAAUAUGCAAUAAUACAAGCAAUCAGUGAAUUAAGAUACAGCCCACAAUUAAUUCAACCAAUUAAAAUUAAAACUGGACAAGUGGCAAUCUUCACUUUAAAACUGGAAGCUGUUAAUACUCUCCAAGACCAGCUGUUUCCACUGAUAUUAUAAGGACCUAUGAGCAGGCUGGGAACCUCCUUUGUGCUUGUUCUUAUACGAAGAGAAAUGAGUCAGGCUGAACCCUGGCCAAAGGACUGGUGGAACAGCUCUGUCUUGCAGGCCCUGCGGAAAGAUGUCAAGUCCCGCAGGGCCCUAGUCUCUUAAUAAUAAACCUUUAUUUGUAUCCCGCCCUCCCCAACCAAAACUGGGCUCAGGGCGGCUAACAUCAAAUAUAUAACAUUGGUAUAAAAUCAAACAAUAAUUAAAUUACCUCCUAAAAACAAGCCAGGAUCAAAUUAAAAUAUAAUUCGAUGGUUUGCCACAGGAUUAGGGUUGGGAACAGUAAUGCUCACCAUUAUUUGCGUCAUUUUUAAUUAACUGUACUAAAAAAGAGGCAGCCAGAGAGCAUCUUCGUUAAUGAAAUAGCUUUCUGGGUUUCCACCCAUUUCUCUGGAAAUAAAAAUUAUUUUUGGUUACCAGAAAUUGGACUGGAAGCUUUAUAGAUCAUAUUACAGAAUAGGAUAAUUUCGGGAGAAUGAGAAUGGCUAAUAUAAUAUCGAAGUCACUAUUAUAUGAAGAGUGACAAUUUGAUGCCUAUGGAGCUACUAACAUCAUGCAAUACCCAUUUUAGUAUAAUUUAAGAGUGAAUUUGUAUAAUGCAAUUAUUGAUGGCAAGGAAAAUAAUGUUAGGACACAUAUUGCUUUACUGGGUAAUGGAAUUUUUUAGCUGAAAGAUUUUAACAUUUCCCAUUUCAGCUGAACCAUUUAGAACCUUUUGAGAAUAAAAUCAUGCUUAUGUCCAAUGGCUAAAAGUUUCUAAUCAGGUGCAAAUGUAGUUAGUUGACUUCAGCUUGGUUUUGUUAGAGAGAAUAAUCUCUUUUCUGAAAGUUUCUACAACAGAUAUUACUGUAACUACAAUAUAUUUAAACCACUGAUUGUGUAGCAAGAAUGCCAGAAUAAUGUUAACCCAUGUCCCUUAUAGUUUUGUUCCCCAUGCUAGAGACUAAGAUGCAGUCAGGUGAAUAGGUAAAAGUAAGGUAAAGGACCCCUGGACAGUUAAGUUCAGUUGAAUUUGACAAUGAGGUGCAGCGCUCAUCUCCACUUUUAGGGCGAGGGAGCCGGCGUUUGUCCAUAGACAGGUUUUCCAGGUCAUGUGGCCGGCAUGACUAAACCGCUUCUGGCACACGGAACACUGUGAUGGAAACCAGAGCACACGGAAACACGGUUUACCUUCCCGCCACAGCAGUACCUAUUUAUCUACUUGCACUGGCGUGCUUUCAAACUGCUAGGUUGGCAGAAGCUGGGACAAAGCAACAGGAGCUCACCCCAUCGUGCGGAUUUGAACUGCUGACCUUAUGAUCGGCAAGCCCAAGAGGCUCGGUGGUUUAGACCACAGCGCCACCCGCAUCAGGUGAAUAAUGUAUCUCUUGAGCAUGUGAGCAUCUCCAUUUAUUUCACUGAAGGAACUUCUGUAGGGGCUUCUUCAGUGCUGAGAUGGCAGAGUUCCAAUCUGCCCAAGGAACUAGCCCUUAUAAUUUACAUAGCACACAUAUAAUAAAACUAGCAACCAUUUUAGUCACCCUGCAAACAAAUCUUGCACAUUGCAGAUGGCAUGAAAUACAAUGGGUUGCCCGUUGUCACUGGUUAGCACUGAACAAGCCAGGUCCUGUUAGCCCUUUUGUUAAUCUACUGCUGUGUAGGAAGUGACAGGUAGAAAGUAUUUUAGCAGGGAAAGUUAGAGGUUCCUGCUUGUAAUGGCUUGGUGGGAAUAUAUAGGCAAGCAAUUAACAAGUGUUAAAACACUGUUUCCUGUUUUCUUUCCUGACUAAGCUUAUAGUAAGCGCAGUGGGUAAUAGAGGAAACUGUAAAAAGAGAUAACAAAUAUUUAUCACUUCACUGACUUUAAAGCCCUAUCACAUCUAAGUAGGAACUGUAUAAAUGUAAAUAUCUUGAGAAGAUGCAUCAUUCAAAAAAGCGCUCAGAAUAAGAUAUCUUUGCGUGGUGAGUUCCCGCCCCCCCAGUGGAAAUAAUGACACAUGACACAAUUAUUAAGGUUAAUGGGCUAAAUAAGGCCACAAAUUUAUUGGUUACAGGUGAUGAGCAGUAUUGGCUUAGGCAUUGGUCCUAACCGACUAUAUCCGACUUCUGCCCGUCCGCUUGAAGUCCGGGAAGGGUUAACCACCAGUAGGGGGAGUCCUGCUGAUGCACUGAUGCACAUCAACUAGGAACUCCCCCGGGGUGACCGCUAGGGGGCGUGCCUUAGGCCCUCACCUCUCUUGGCUUUGGACAGGGCCACACACCCCAGAAUCCUUUAUCGGACUACCCUUCAAUAUGCGGGACAGGUGAUGGCGCUACCUCCCCUCUUCCAUCUACAGAACAAUACCUAUGCCUAACUGCCAAUACCAAGAAAGUUGUGGUGAUUUGCUAUGAGGAAGGUGAAAAACAAGUGGCUGGUACCAAUUUUCCAAGUGGAAAAAUUCCUACCAGACCCCUCAACGGUGACCAACCAAGGUCCAUAGCAAGGUUAAGGAACAAAAACCUUAUAGGGUGGUAGGGUGGGGAAAGCAGGAACAGCUGACUAGCAGCAAAGAGGGAGAUCCCCAGCCUCGUCCUACCUUAAAUAGGGCAGGCCACACCCCCUGAACCAGCCGAUUGGCUGACCAGGGGAUGACAUGGCCGGGAAUCCCCCCAAUCCCCCAAUUGCGCAGGUGCUGGGCUCAACCCCACCUCCUCCAUAGGGUGGAAGUGGCUUUCCCACAAAUCAAAAUCUGGUGCCACAUCACUUCAGAGUUUUCCCCCAGUCUAGAAGUUGAGAACACACUCUGUCCUAGAUGGAGCAAGGAAGGAGUUUUCCUCCAGAUAAAGCUGAACAUCCAAGUAAGGACUAUCCCCCAGUAAAACAGUCCUAACAGUGUGCCAUCUGAACUCUCAGCUCCAAUUAAGGCAUCGUUUAUGGAGCCUCCCUCAGCCUUGUGCCCUCAAGAUGUUUUGAACUAUAACUUCACUCAGCCCCUUCCAGCAUGGCUGAUGAGAACUGUAGCUCAAAAUGUUUGGAGGGCACCAGGUUGGGAAAGUCUGUUUCUAAUGCCUCUAAAGAAUGAGGUUAAGAACACGCUAGCUGCAUAUCUUUAAACUUAGACAAAAAUAAGUUAAUACAAGAACACUCUGUGCAACAAGUUGCUGCUUUUAUUUUUCUAGUUCCUGCUGAGUUUUUAAAGAUAAUUGAGCGUUAAAAAUUUAUUCCAUCCUGCAUAUUACUUGCAUUAUUUAAGACUGGAAGAUCCUGAGAACGCUGGGCUAGACAAGGUCGAAGAGAAAAAUGUGAAAGCUUCAGAAGAUCAGAUUAUACUUCCAUUGGAAGAACGUAUUACCCAUUUCAGAGAUAUGCUUCUGGAAAGAGGGGUAAGAAAUAAGGUUGGACUGGCUUGAUUCCAGCAGUUUAUGAGAACACGAUAUAAACUCAAGAUUUGUAACAGUAUGUUGCAACCAUCUCAUGAUUCCUACAGCUUCAAUAAAUGCUUUUUAAUAUUGCUUUCCUAUCAACAUUUAUCACUGUUGAAUGAUGUUAUGUUGCUUCCAUUUGUUGUACAAAAGGCUAGGUGAUGUAAAGGACAUGAUAUAAAUGUAAUCUGUGCCCAGAGAACUUAUAAUCUUUCUUAUUGCCUGAUUUUAGGCAUGUUCUCUGUCUUUGAAUAACAGUUCAGGUACCCAGUGGAAACAUGUUUAAUUACAUUCCAUUACACACAAAACCGUCUCUAACUUAGACUUGAUCUAACUAAUUCCACACCCCAUGGUUGACAUGUUUCUAAUGAUAUGAUUCUAAGAUUCAGGUAGGUAGCCAUGUUGGUCUGACGCAGUCGAAAUAAAUAAAUAAAAAGAUUAAAAAAAUCUCCACUAGCACCUUAGAGACCAACUAAGUAGGAUUAAUUACAGUCGUCAACAGGUUUUCCAUACCCACUGAGUCAGGGUGAUCUCCUACUACCCUCCUGAGAAAAACCCCACCCUCCCACUAUAUAUAAGGGUCUGGUGACUUCUGUUUCAGUGUAUCUGAAGAAGUGUGCAUGCACACGAAAGCUUAUACCCAGAACUUAGUUGGUCUCUAAGGUGCUACUGGACAAUUUUUUAAUGAUUCUAAGAGCAUGUUCUAUUCAUUAUGAAGCGCAUUGAAUAGGACAGGUUAGAACAGAAUAAUCCAAUCCAUUAUGGGGCAUAAAUAUCUGAAAAUUGUUCUUAUUUCUACCAACUUUUGUAUUUCCGUGGAAAUAAUAAAGUUUUGUUAGGUUUAACACUUUGGGUGUUAAAUCAUGGUGUCUUGCCUAUGCAACAGGCUUAUGCUUAUCUAAACAACAUUUCCUUUCUCUACAGGGCUGGGGAGCCCCCUGGAGAGAAAUUGGGGACACAAGGGGAGGGGAGGAAAGGGAGUAUUGUUGUAUUUGCUGGCACAAUCAUGGAUCUUACCCUUUGAGUAAAUUUUUCACACAAGCCUUCAGCCUAAAGAGCAAUGAUCUCCUAUAGGAGAUUCCCAACAUGUUUGACCUAAGUUUCUCCCCUGGUGAGAAGGCUAAUUAGAGCAAGAUUCAAUAUCAACAUAGACUGCCCCAGUACCUGUUGUAUGUUGUACUGGCUCGCAUUGUAUUCGGAUGUUGGCAGAUAGGUACAGAUAUGGAGACAGACAAAAGGGGACCAUUAUUACAGAGACCAGAAGGACCCAGCCAUGAAAGAGCUACAUGUGUCUCAUAACUAUGCAAGCAAGAUCCAGUGAAGCAUCUAGCCCAAUGAAGAGUUCUGGAGAACUCUAAAGCUUAUUCACUGUUUUAUGACACUUUCGUUUCAUUAAGGAUUUGCCCUACUGUAGAUUUGGUUUGUGUUUUGUUUUUAUGGACCCCAACUGCUGAAGAAUAAGCAAAGCAGGAUGGAUUACAUGCAUGAAUUACCUAAUGAGGAACAAUUACUUUCUAUAGUAAUUUUAUACAAGUUUAUGUGAACCAAUAAGUUUUGGAUGAUUAAUCAGUAUAUAAAUCCUGUUAAAUAAAAAUAGUGAGCUAGCCCAUCCCAGUUUCUACUCAGCCUAAGCCUGAUCUGAAAGCUGAUUCAAAUGGAUCUAUUAUUAUUAUCAUCAUGAUUUGCAUCUGCUUUUAUUAGUCACUUCUGGAAAACUGGCCCAAAGCAACUUACAAAACCUAUCGGUAACAAAUAUUUAGAGGACCAUUACAAAAGAAGAAAACGUGAAAGCUGAAUGAAAUGAAUUUGAGGAAUAAGAUAAUUUCUGAAUUAAAAUUCCUGGUUAAAAGCGUGGGUGAGGGACACCAUGAAACAGUUAUAGUUGUGUCAUAUUGAUUUCUGAUCUGUUUCCUAUGGUAUUGAUCAUUCCUUCAAACAUGUUGGUUUUUUUUGCUGUUCUUCAUCCCUGCAUCAUACAUUUUCCAUUCUGUUCUCACAGCCAGUUCUCCUCUUAAUCCCAGUUCCCUUGAUUAAGAUUUAUUCUGUUUCUUGAAUAAGUUAGGUCAUGGCAAACACUGUAGCUUGUGGCAUUCUUGCAAUGUUCUGUUUUCUCACUCAGAAAUUGAAUUUACAGCCAGGUUAGUUCCAAAACCUUCAGAAAAUUGUUUAUAUAUCUUCCAUUCAUAUCUUCCUUCAGGUCUCUGCAUUUUCCACAUGGGAAAAAGAGUUACACAAAAUAGUAUUUGAUCCACGUUAUCUCCUACUCAACUCAGAAGAACGUAAACAGGUGAGUUUAAAGUUUUAUAACAAUGCAUGCCUCCCCCGACAGUUCAGAGUGCUUGAGCCAAUUCAUGUUACUCUUUUAAAGAACAUGACAUACCUGAAAUAACUAUGGUAUAAAAAUGGGCAUCAGAAAACAAAUGGGUCCUUGCUUCCAUGCUGUAAACAUAAACUGAGGGAAAUGGGCGAUGAAUAUCUUUCAGAAAGAGGCAAACUGAAAAUAUAAGCAGAUAUGCAAAGGAAAGUUGAAACAGGGAAGUCCAUCCAUUUCUGUGGAAUUCAUGGUGGACAAAAGAUAAACAGUUGGCUAGUUUCAAUCUUUGAUCUACUGAAUUAGUGCAUCAUUCCUCAUACUUUACCAGCCAUGGACAUUCUACAUAUCCUUCAACUGUCCCAGGAAAACUGGGACAUCCCUUUUUUUAUGUGACAGCAUGGCAGCCAUUUUGGGUGCUGCAAUCUUGCACCGAAAAAAACACUUUUUUGGGGGGGGCACGAUCUCACAUGGGUCACAUGACUCAUGCGAGAAUCUGGUGCUGGAAGACAGUCUCCUAGUUGUUCAACUUGGGUAUGCAUUCUAGUCUUUUCUACUAAAUAAAUUCUGAUUCACGCUAGCUUCUAUAAGUCCAAGCCUUUAUAGGCCUUAUUCUGAGCCAACAAGAAAAAUAAUGAGGGCAUCACACUAUUUCCUUAUGAUCCAAAGGACUAUUGCAAUGUUUAAUGAUAGCAAAGCAGCCACAUUUUGUACUUUAGGUCACUAUUAUAGCCAAAACAAAUAGAUAAGCAGUCCUUUAAAUUUUAUCACCUCUUGGUGAUCAGAAUCUCUAGUUUACAAAUGAUGUGAACUGCCCUGAGAUUUGUGGGUGAAGGGCGGUACCAUUUGGUGCUGCCUCAAUAAAGCUGUGCAUUUCUGUUGCUGGGCUCCAUUGAAAAUGGCUUCUCCAUGAGAACCAGGAAGUGACCUUUCCAGGCAACAGAACGACUCUUCUUUUCUUAUCUGUGUGGCUGCAAUCUCCUGGGUGAUGCAGACACCAUUAGGCAGUUGAAUGUGCAUGCGUACUCCAUCCAUUUCCUUCCCAUGCAUGCUGGUAACCCAUGCUAUGCCACUGAGUGGAGACCCCUGUCUACCUUUGAAGCUCCCCGUGUAAUUAAAAAUUGAUGGUGCAGAAGUUCAAAAUCCUAAAAGGAACCCCAUGAAUUUAGGAGGCUUCCUGCUUCAGACCUUUGCCCUCAAACUCAUGAGGAGACUGAGCACCUUGCAUAGGGGUGAACCAUAUCUAAAAUGUGUUUGCUUUUAGCAAAGAAUGGCUACCAUGUUUAGGGUAAAAUUAUAAUUGGGAAUUUGAAACUGUAACCUAACAAUGCACUUAGAAGACGGUUUUAUACAGCAAGGGGAACACUGUAUUCUGUUUCAGUGAUUUAAGCAAGGGCACAGUCUAGACCGUGCCUAGUCAAUCAAGCUUUAUUGCGCCUUUCAUUUAUCAAGCAUGUACAUGAUAUAGUAAAAUUGCUUAAUGAACAGUCGAUAAAGCUUAUACUAUAGAUAUUAGCUUUGAAACAUUGGUGACAUGGGUCUCAUUUGUGGAAUAUAUUACGUACUCAAGGAAAAUGACUAUGAAAAGCAAUUUUCAGUUCUUCUUUAUAUAGAAGAUUAAAAUUGUGUUCCUACUAGUAAAAGAGGGUAAUCAAAUUGCAGAGAAGGAAAUUUUAUGAAGUGUUAAAAAUGUCCUCCUUUUGGUCAACUGGAAAGAUUAACAUUUAUUGCAGGAUUGAUCAUCUCACCUUUAGCAACUCCUCGUACAAAUAAGCACUACACAAGUUAAAAUUAGAGACAGGUGAAAGCUAGAACACUAGAUUUUGUGGCUAAACCUUCAUGCCUGAAUUAGGAUGCAAAAUAUUUGUGGGUUGUUCAGAGCCAUGCACAUUAUGCAUUAGAAUUCUGACAUUCUAAUUGAUGCUCUGGAUUGCAGGUAGAAGAGAGUCUUUUUCAAACAUAACUGCAGCUCUGUGUUCCCUUGUAGCUCAAGAUAUUUUUGCUUCGCCCGCUACCUUUGAUGUUAUGGUGAUUCUCUGGGUCCCUUAUCUGAUGAAAGUGAAUCUCUGCAGUGGGAGCCUUUUGUAUCAGGGCUCCAAAUCAUGCAAGGAGUCUCCACAGAUACAACAGACUCCCUGUUGAUGCAGUUCACCAUCUUACCACAUGGGAGGGGCCUAGAGAAUGUGUGCAACCUCAGCAUGGGACUAAAUAACCUUGGGGACAGGACUAAACCCUGCUACAUCCAGGCUCCCACUUAGCUCAAUAAUACUUGAUUAAACCGAUUAUAUUUAAAAAUGAAAGACUAUUUGGCAAAUUAUGUGUUGUAUUAUUGAUGUGGCCUCUUCCCCUAAGUAGAUAAGGGCUUUGAAAAGGGCAGAUUUAUCACUUCGUCUAUUGGAAGGGCCUGUCGAUGAACAGAGAAAGGUCUGUUCUCAUAUUAUCUCUCCGUUGUAUGAAAGGCCAGCGAGUCAGAUGUUGAACUUUUGCAAGAAUUUGUUUGCUAACGGAGCAAAUAACUAGGCGCAGCUCCCUUGAGAAUAUCUGAGGAAUGGGCUUCUUUUGAUUAAAUUCAAAUCGCCAUGCUGCAUUGCCGUUUUGCAAUUAUUUAUUGAUCGUUAUGUCCCAACAGAUGGCUUUCCUCUCUGCCCACAAUGAAGCUACAUUCCCGACAGCAAAAUAUUCAACAAAUGAGUGGAUUUGGGGCCUAGAAAUAGCAUUGCAUUUAGGGGCUCGGGUGCUGGGAUAAUGAGCCACUUAUCAAUUUUAACUUAAUGUGGUCAUCUAUUUUUGACCUCAUGGAAAGCUCUUUCCUGUAACUAUUAAAGUGGGCCCCUUAUCAUAUUAUUCUUUGGCAGUCUCAAGAACAGUCGAAAGGAAAGUACAUUGAUGUGGUGUUGUUUUUAAAAAAAGAACCUGAGAUGGGUUCAGUAAAAAUAAUUAAAAUACAUCCUUGCUCUACUAACAGCCAAUAGUUCAUUUAUUGCUGUUCUCAGAAGAGGAUGGCUAUGAUCCAGCUGUGCAUGCAUGGCCCUAGCGAAGAAGCAUAGAUAUGCCAAUAAGGCAGUUUGCAGGGAGAGCUGACUGGGGGAAAUCCAAACUUUACCACCACCCUAUUCCUAAAGUGUUAAUCAGUACAGGUGCAAUUUAUUUGCAAGGCUAAAUGUGCAUCAUAGCUUCUGGAUUGGGAAAUCACAUACAUGUUUCCAUGUGCAGAUAGGGAUUACUUGGACGGAAGCCUGCUUCCAUUUGCCCAUUGCCACUAGUUGGAUGGGGGGGAGAGGACCUCAUUUGUUGGCAUGAAAUAUAAAAAUAGGCUAUUCUAAAUCAGUUGAGUUGAGCUACAUUUCUGUAAUUCCCAUUCAGCACAUGCUCUUUUCUCCCUAAAAUAUGCAUCAUAUGAUGAGCACAUGUGCCUGCUUUAUACCAAGUCAGAUCACUGGUCCAUGCAGCUCAACAUUGUCUACAGUGGCUGGCAGCAGGUUUCCAACUUUUCAGGCAGAAACCUUUCUCAGUUUUACCUGGAUGCUUGGGACUGAACCUGGGACCUUCUGCAUGGAAAAUAUGAGCUCUGCUGCUCAUCUGUGGUACCUUCCCAGUCAAGUUAGAAUCUAAGUGCCAGCCCUCAAAUUACUCCACUUGCAAAUGUGCUCACUUGAGUCACUUCAAUGAAUCUUGCAAUGAGCCUUCUAAACCAAUGGUUUUUUCAAUUUGUUAUGCCAGUGCAUGAAUCAAGCAAGUCAUGAAUCAUGGUGCUGCAAUUAACCAGAAAACUGCUUCGUUAGCCUUCGGCCCGUGGUUCAGGCCCAACAGUCUACUGUUAUUUAACAUCUAAUUAGCUACAACAUUCAGCUACAUGCCAUACCAUACAUAGAUGGUGACUCCAGUCCUGCCCAAAGAGCCUCGGGUUUACAUUUGUUAGAACAACCAUCAAGCUACUUCCUCUCCAAUCUUUCCGCAGAAAGCCAGUUACCCUGGAACUAAGUGGAUCAGAAUUGGAUUGUGGAUUGAACUUUCUCUUGUUUUAUUGGUAUUUCAUCUCAUCUCACAGAUCAAUUACUGUGAAAAGGUCACAGCAGAUUAACAAUGAUUACUCUACAGAUGUAAAAGAAAUGAUAUUGUGAGCCUUGGGGAACAUACACUAGGAGUACUAAGGCACACAGAAGUAAAAUUGUCUUUGUGAAGCAAUUUCCCUUUGCAGGCAGAUAUUACCUGUCAAAUCAAUUACUAUUAGGUGCCAUCAAAAAGUAUAGCAUUGCUUCAUUUACAUGCCUACCAGCAAUUUGCCAAAGUCCCUUUAUGAACUUAUGAAACAGAACCAAACAUUAGUUCAUUGAGCCCAGUGCUGUAUGAUCCAACCAGCAACAGUUAUUUAAGGCCUCCUGCAGAGUUGUCCCCCUAAAGUCUGGCACCUAGAUCCUCUUGAUUAGAACUGGGAACUGAACUAGGGGUGUGUGAUGUCAGCAACAGUUUUGUUGCUCUAUUCAUUUUCAUGAUUGAAAACUUCCUUCCUUUUGCUUUCUCAUGGUGUUGGUUCUUUUUUGACAUUCCAAUUUCUGUUGAUUCCAACGAGAGAACCAAAUUCUCUUCCACUGUCAAUAACUUCCAUAUUUUAUAUCAUUAUUAUGCCCCAAAACACAAGCUAAGUAAAUAACAUCAGAUUAUCAGAGUGUAAUGAGGGGAGCAUGUUGUUGCAUUCAGGUCCUGCUUGUGGGCUUCCCAUAGGCAACUAAUUAGGCAUGGUGGGAACAGGAUGCCAGGCUAGAUGAGCCACUGACCUGAUCCAGCAAAAUCUUCAUAUGUUCAAGUGUUCUUAUGAUGGCUACAGAAUAAGUCAGUUCCCCAUCCCCUGCUUUGCCCUAGCACUCCAUCCAUUGAAACAAGAAGAAAAUAGCAAAGAUGACACCAAAUUGCACCAAAAUCCAUAGCUUCACAUUUUGAGUUGCUUGUACAUUUGGGUUCAGUUUGUAACAAAUGGACUAAAAAGAUCUCAUUCAUCCAUUUAAGAAACAAACUUGUUCCAAAUACACACCCUAAACCGAACUCAGGACCUUGUCCAACCUGAAUUCAACUGCUGAACCACAAGCUUUGUCUCGAAACCUUCCCUGAUUAAACUCCCAGAAGCAGUUGUGAAAUCCCUGGAGUUAGAACAAACAAUUUCAGGAGUUGAUUCAGAUGUUGCUGAUCAAUGGUGUAGUGGAGGGGGAAUGUAAAUGUGUGCAGCUCUGGGACAUUUUCCAGAGCAAAGGGAAAGAUAACAUCUGGGGUUCCUACAUCACACCAACAGCUAGUGCCUUGCAAGAUUGUUUGCAUUUCUAAUAAAAAGUUAAAGGUUGUGUUUCAGGCAACUAGAUCAGACACCCCCAACCUGCGGCCCUCUAGAUGUUUUGGCCUACAACUCCCAUGAUCCCUAGCUAACAGGACCAGUGGUCAGGAAUGACGGAAAUUGUAGUCCAAAACAUCUGGAGAGCCAAAGGUUGGGGGUACCUGAACUAGAUGAAGAUGUUUUGUUAGAGCUUAAUGUGAGUUGCUGGUUGAGCUAAUGAAGUCAAAAGUAAGCUGCACUGAGGCCAGCUCACUCCCAGGACACUGCAUAGGACUGUAGUCAUGCUAAUAACAAUACAUUGGUUAUUAUACUAUAUACUGCUGCUUUUUGGUGUGGGUGUAGAUUAAAACAACUCUCCAUAGACAACAUUGAAUGAGGUUCUCAUGCAAUGGUUGUUCUUUGAAACGCUUUCAUGUCAGUCCCCAUUCUCCAAUGAUUGAAAGGAGAUGUGCUUCAGAACCAUGCUUUGUUUGUAGAACAGGGAUGGUUAAGCUGUGUACUCUGACGUCUAUCAAGCUAGUGGUCAGCAGUUACAGGAGUUGUUGUCCUGCAACAUCUGAAGGACCACAGGUUCACCACCCUUGCUCUAGAAGCCAAUAUGAACUCCACCAACCAAUUUAGCAAAUUUAAUAAUGUGUGUCCUUUUUUUUUGUCUUCUUAUCCACCUAAGAUAUUUGAACAGUUUGUCAAGACCAGAAUAAGAGAAGAAUACAAGGAAAAGAAAAAUAAGUUAUUGCUAGCCAAAGAAGAAUUUAAGAAGCUUCUGGAGGAAUCUAAAUUAUCACCACGGUAUGGAACUAUUUUCUGGCAUUGAUCUUAUUUAAGAAUCUUAGACACUGACUAGAAUUGGGUUAUGCUUGUUUGGCCUAGAAAUCUAUGCAGUGCUGAAUGUGAAUAUUGUUGUUUCAAAUUUGAAGCACUAGAUACAAUGCAGCAAGCCCUGUAACUCCAGGCAGAUCUGAGGAAGCCCCAUUAUAGUUUAAAGCUUUUGCACAGUAGCUGUGCUUAGUGCACGUUGAACUAGAAGCUAAGGUGUGGUUAAGGAUGAGGAGAAAUUUGAUUCAAUUCACAUUUAUAGGCAAACUUCAAAACUUUUAUGGCAAACUGCAUAUGAAACCUCAAAAUCCUGUUAUAUGGUGCCCACUAUAGCCCCUCUGGACUAUGUCCAGGUCACAUGUCCUGAGCCAUUUCAUAAGGAAGGACCAUAGCUCAGUGGUAGAGCAUCUGUCUUGCAUGCAGAAUGUCCCAAGUUCAAUCCCCAACAUCUCCAGGUAGGAGUGGGGAGACCUGUCUGAGACCCUGGAGAGCUACUUCCAGACAGUGAAAACAAACUAAAUGGACCAAUGAGCCUGACUCAGUCUCAGACAGCUUCCUGUGUUCCUUCCCACGACUCCAUUCAUAGGCCAUUAAAUUCUGCCGAUGGGUGCCAUUUUGUGGUAGCCAUCUUCCCCCACCAGAAUACCUCUCAGAUGUUCACCCGCCAACUGGAAGAGUGUGGGUGUUCCAGCAAGCUGUACCUCUCCCUCAAUUAAGGCUGAACUUUUGACAAUCUUGAAAUGUCAGUUCAGUGCUAGUCUUCACCAACUCUCCUUUCCUUCAGUUCUCAACUCAACCAUGCAGGAAGAUCUAAACUUUAUAGCCAGUAGCAUCUCUAUAGAUUAUGUACAUAAGGUGUAUAUUUUAUAUUAGAUGUAGUGUUUGAUGUCCAUAGUCACAAAAUGUUCAUAUACUGGUGCACUAAGUAUCAGAGCCAAUGUGCUGAUUGAGAUCUUCAUAGUCAUAUGUUAAAUUUGAUGAUUUGAUCUGUAGCUUUUCCCAUAUCAUACUAAACAACUUGUUAAAAAUCCAUUGCAGUAGUUCAUUAUGCUUUUGACUAAGGAACCCAAUUGCAGAUGUGAUUAGUGCUUGCAGUGUGUAUAAGUACAAGAGUGUGUUUAUAAUGCAAAAUCAGUAAAGCGUUUCCUUUGCCGGCCUUUUGAGAAAACCCAAAUUAUUUCCACAUAAGAAUUUAUCGUCAGUACUGUACAAUAAAUGUAAGAUUUUGAAUGGUUGCUUACUUGCUUCUCCUAAGCUGUUUUCCAUAAAAGCUGUUGAGAAUCCCUUCGUGAAAAAAUGUGAUUCUCUUAACGGAAUUUGCAAAUCAUCAAGAUAGAUUCUUUAUGAUAAUGAAGCUUCAUAUUACAAAUAUAAAGAAUAAAACAUGAAGGUUGUCUCUUAACUAGCAUUUUAAAGAAUUGUGCAUGCCGUCAGAUACCAAUAUAAACAAUAUAGUUGCAGCUUCUGUUGAUGGUAUGAGUAAAAGUAUUCCUUUGGCAAUCUAACAGAAAACAUUCCAGAAUAAUGUGAUAGCUAGACAAGAAUGGCAGGGGCAGAUUUGUGUUCAUUUUAUAAGAACAAAACUCUCUGGGAGCUGCUGCAGUAUUUAUGGUCACUGCACCUACCCCAGGAUUAAAGUGAUAAGAGUUAACUAGGGCCUCAACUUCAUAAAAAGCAACAUAGGGGUUCUGCACAAACACAAUCACCUCUGUGGGUUCUGUCUCUGUGUGCCCUGAACCCAUUCUGCCCUGAGCCUGAAGCAAUUAGCUUCAGUCCUAUAUAGCACAGGUUUUGCAGCCCCAGGCACAGUGAAGCCACGAGCAGGUGGAGGCUGAACAUAACAGCAAUGGCAGUAAAACAGGACAGCAGUAUUGGGGCGUAAACAGGCCACAGUUUUAUUGAUUACAGAUGUGAACAGGUUUGGGUGUAGGCGUUGGGAAUGUAUCCUGAAAUCAACCAGUCCGACUGCUGGUUGAUGGUUGACCAAGGUUAAGGGCUGUCCCACAUGCAUCAAACCAGCGCAACCUCCCACGGUCACUGUUUGAUGUGCUACGGCCCAUCAGCCCCCAACAAGGACAAGGAGCCCUUCCCCAGGAUUUCACUAAGGGGAUACUCUGAUAGUGUGGAGCAGGGUAGGGCCACUCCCUGUCCAGUGAGCCAACCCAAUGCCUUAUCCGCCAGUAAGUUGUGAUAAUUGCCAUGAAGGAGGCAAAGCCUUCAAACAGACCCAAUUAAUCUGCUGGCAAAUUCCUCCCUGGCUCCAAAUAUGGCAGCCAAAGAACUUCCAUAGCAAGGUCUCCCAUACAGGUCUGCCCACUUACACUCCCUCAGGCAACACACAGAAACAUAAAAUAAAGGAGGGUGGGGAAUCCAAAGAGAACUGAGACUGAAGCUCAGGAGUGGCUAGCUUUCAUAGCCAGGGAACAGAUCACAGGAAAUACAUUAAUACAAAAUUAAACCUUUUGGAACACAAAUAUAAACGAAUAUUUCAGUUUCCAUAUGUUAAAAUCACACUAUUCCCCAUUCAUCUAUGCUAGAUUUAUGCCUCUGAUUUGUUCCUUCUAAGGGUGCAUGGCAAUAAAAUAAAAUAAAUAGAUCCAAUCCCCAUUUCUCAGUUUGGAGUCAAAAGGCAUUUCAUUAAAUGGAGUCUGACAAAAGUGUUCGCCUUGUAAAUUUUUAUAGUGUUGUUAACUCCAGCUAAAAUUAUGUGGGUCACAUCCUUUCGAUUGGCAGGCUGAAGCUAAAGAAGAAUUUACAUUCUUAAUUUUUGAGAAUCCUAUCCAAUUACUGUGGAUGGUCCACAGUGAACUAAUUAUUAAUCAAGCUUCCUGCAAUCGAUAAGUAUGUCUACAUUCUGCAGAAUGAAAAUAAUGGCUUGGGAUGAGAAGUUGGGUAGAUCAAUGAGACUUCAACAUUUUGGCUUUCACAUUUCUACUUCCAACAUUACUGACAAUGACAAGACACAUUAAGAAUGAGUUCAAUGCAGAAAGGUGAACAUAUAAUGAAGGGCCAAAGAAUUAGAAUAUAUAUAUUGACAAACAAAGAGGUUUGUGAAAAUGUAGCUUAUGUUGGUUUCCCCCACCUGCUCCCCAGGACAACAUUUAAGGAAUUUGCAGAGAAAUAUGGCACAGAUCAGCGGUUUCGGCUUGUUCAGAAGAAGAAAGACCAGGAGCAUUUUUUCAACCAAUUCAUACUUAUCCUUAAAAAGAGAGACAAAGAGAACAGGAUACGGCUACGGAAAAUGAGAUAA